AAAAGCUUCAACCUCUGAGAAAGAUACACAUUUUCUUUAUUUGCGAAGCACGGCACUUACGAUAAAGAUAUCUGAAAUUCAAGGCAGAAUAUGGAUAAAACAGAUAACAUUCCUGAGGUAGUGUGGCAGCCACGUGAAGAUUCUGGAGCUGAAAUGAGAAAGUUUAAAAAGUUGAUAGAAUCUAAGUAUAAUGUGACUUUAAAAGAUUUUUGGGAUUUGCACAAGUGGUCGGUGGAACACUUGCAACUAUUCUGGGCAGAAAUGUGGAAGCAAUGUGAUAUAAUUUAUUCAAAGAAUUUUGACCAAGUGGUCGAUUUGAAUAUUCCGAUGGAAGAUUCUCCUGCGUGGUUUGAGGGUGCAAGACUGAACUUUGCUGAGAACAUUCUUAAAUUUCGAGAUGAUCACAUGGCUUUAAUCUGUGCAGGUGAAGAUAGGGAAACAAUGUUUACUACUUAUGCCGAAAUGUACGAAGAAGCCACUUUGUAUACUGCUGCUCUCCGAAAAUUCGGUUUAAAGAAAGGAGAUAUUGUUGCUUGUUAUAUGUCCAAUAGAAAAGAAGCUAUCAUGUCUAUGCUUGGUGCUACAAGCAUUGGGGCUAUUUUUACGGGAGCUUUACCGAUCUUAGGGAGUAAGGGAGUUCUAAACUGCUUCAAGCUAGUUAACCCUAAGGUCCUUUUCACGAUAGACAGGUACCGGAAUAACAACGAGGAGGUGGAAAUGCUGACGAAGGUGAAAGAGAUUGCUGAGGGAUUGCCUUCUCUUGAAAAAGUCAUCAUAGUACCAUCGAAAAAAUGUUCUAAAUUGAAAGACAUCAGCAAAAUAAAAAACAGCUGUUUCUUAGAUGAAUUUCUUGAACUGGGCAGAGAAGCUGAUGGCACUGUUGCACCUUUAAUAUUCGAACAAGUAUCAUUCUCACAUCCUGUGUUCAUUAUUUACACUUCAGGCACUACAGGACCACCUAAGGCCUUGUAUGCUGGCUCAGGGAUUCUGUUAUCUACUGCAAGGGAUUGUGGGAUGUAUGGUAACCUUGAUAGAGAUACGGUUUGGCUCUCCUUUUCAGCGGUAGGAUGGGUUUCAUGGUGUAUGAUCACUGCUCUACACUUCCUUGGUUAUACAGUCAUAUUGUUCGAAAGUAAUCCUUACCUUCUUAGUCCAACGUUUUUGUGGGACUUGGUAGACGAUUUGAAAAUCACCCACCUUUUCAUUUCGCCUGGUAUUCUAGAUGAUUUGGAGAGGAAAGGAUAUCUACCGACGGAGAAACAUAACCUGAGUUCACUUAAAGCGAUAAUGAGCGGUGGAAGUGUCGUCAAGCCCCAGAAUUUUGAAUUCCAUAAAAAAGUGAAAAAAGACGUACUUUAUCAUGCUCUUUACGGUAGCACGGAAGUAAUGAUGACGGUUAUGUGGCAUGACCACUCCUUACCCGUUUAUAAGGGAGAGUUAUCUUCCCCUUGUUUAGGUGUCGAUAUCCAAUGCUUGAAUGAGGAAGGAAAAUCUGUAGUAGGUGAACCCGGAGAAAUUGUAAUAGCGAAACCUAUGCCUUCUUUAGUUUUGGGCAUAUGGGGAGAUGACGAUCGGUCUAUAUUCAAGGCUACAUAUUUUUCAAAAUUUCCAGGAAAAUUUGCAAUGAGUGACAUAGGCAUUAUUAAUCCAAAAACGAAAGGUCUUAUUAUCUGCGGAAGGAGCGAUGCUACUUUGAAUGUACAAGGCUGGCGCAUUGGAACUACCCAGAUUUACAGUAUUGUUGACAAAUUUCCUGAGGUCCAGGAUAGUGUCUGUGUCUCUCAGUAUGGCAAGAAUUUAGACGAAAGGGCUGUACUCUUCUUGAAAAUGAAAGAGGGAUGUACAUUCAACGACGAACUGGUCCGGAGAAUUCAGGAUAGGAUUGGGACGGAGUUGUUAUCUUAUUAUAUACCAGAUGUUAUUUUAGAAACAAUGGAUAUACCGUACACUGCAAGCGGGAAGGAACUGGAAAUUAUUGUAAAGAAAAUCAUCAAUAAUAUGCCUUACAAUCCAGAAACUGUGAUCAAUCCAGAAUGUCUUCCAAAUUUUUAUAAUAUACCAGAAUUGCAAGGUUUUUGAAGAAUAAGCGGCACAUAAAUUAGUAAAUUUGAAUAAAAUGUGUUUUCUGGUAGAA